AUGGCCAGGCUCCGCUCGCCGCCGCGGAUGGGGGACGGCGCCGCGGGCCUGCCGGGCGGCGAGGGCGCAGAGCCGCACCCCAUGCUGGCCAUGGGCCAGGCGCUGGUGCAGCACUGCUGGGACCGCGUCGGCGAGCUGGCGGUCUGCCCCGGGUGCCCUGACCCGGCCGGUGCGGAGCAGAGCAGGCGCCUCGAGGAGCCUGAUCCUGGAGGUCGACGAGGCCCGGCAGGAGAACCAGCGCCUCAACAGGCAGGCGGCCCGGCUCCGCACGGCGCUGCAGGAGAUCCAGGGGAGCAGAUCCAGGGGAGUACCGACAAGAUUCCACGAGGAUCCGACGGCCUCGGCGCCGACCCGCUGGGGCCCCUGGGCGGCCAGGCGCUGGGCGCCUCCGGCCCGCAGGAGCCGCCCCGCCCUAGACGCGGAGCUGCUGAGGACGAAGCGCCUCCUGGUCGAGCUGCAGCGCGAGAACGCCAAGCUGAAGGAGGCGGGCGCGGGCUGGGGCGGCGCGGGCAGCCCGAUCACCGCGAGCAAGUACGCCGCUCUUCAGCAGCAGGUGGCCGACCUGGAGCGGGCCCACGAGGCCGCGGUCGCGCAGACGGACCGAUUGCGGCAGCAGCAGGCCAGCCUCGAAGGUCGAGUGUUCCGUCCUGGUGCCUUGUCGCCACCGGCACGGUUGACGCCGCCAUCACAGUUGACACCGCCAGCACGGUGGGCUAUUGGCGGCGAGCCCGUGGCCGACCGUAUGGCGGGCAGCCAGGUGGAGUCUGGGCUGGGCACCCCGCUAGGCCACCUGGGUGCAGCAUCGCCUUGCGGCGGCAGACCGAGGCCAGGCGGCUACGACUUCGGCCACGGCAUCGGCGCGAGCCCGCACGCCGUGAGCCCUGCCCCGGUUGGCCGGCCAGGCCCGAUGCCGUUCCCCUCGGCUGAGGGCGGCGUCCGCACCCCGGUGGCCUCCGGACGCGCGCCGCCGGCGCUGCCGGGCGGCGGCCCCGCCCAGCAGGCCGAGGAGGUGCGGAGGACCCCCGAGGGUGCUCGCGAUGCAGGACGAGAACGAGCAGCUGCGGCGAAAGGUCCGCAUGUUGGCCUCGUCCUAGGACGCGCUCCUCAACCCGAGCCCCGUGUGGCUUCCGCCGGCCGUUGGCAUCGGCGCCGUUGCCGCCCUUCGCGGUCGCCGCCGUCGUUCGUCGUCUGCCGUCGCCAAUCGUCGUCCGUAUCAGGUUAG